GGGGCGCCAGGGACCACUAGGCGGGAAUGGUGAGGGUCGGGCUCACACCACAGUUCAAACUGUGGCAGACACCAGCCCCCGUCACCUGUACCGUCACCCAGCCCCCGUCACCUGUACCGUCACCAGCCCCCGUCACCUGUACCGUCACAGUGACGGUGGUGUGCUGGCCCGGAGCUCCGUCCGUAGAAUUCGGGCACAAUUGUCACUAGGUGGGAGGCACUGGUAAACUGAGGUGCGAUUGCCGUGCCACCACGCGCUAGGUCAGCCAUACGAGUAUCAACAAACUUUGUUUCCUGAGACAAAGCUCGUAACCCGAUUCGGAUUUUACGAAGAAGUUGGGCUCGUAACCCGAAAAGUUCAAAGAAUGGCUAAAAGAAUUGCAGCAAAGGAGUUGACCCAUGAGAACUGGGCCGAAGAGGAAGAGCCAGAAGAGAUGGGCACCUUCCGUCAAGCAUCGUCUGAUCAAUUAGUCACACGGCAUAUAAAAAAGGCACGGAGAAGAGGUGCGGUAGCAGACACUUCCUCGCCAUCCGUGUUCAAAGGAUUCACUUCAUUUUCUGGAUUUGGUGUAAACAAAGAUUCUACUAGUCAGCCUUCUUUUAGUUUCCUUAGCAAAAAUUCAACCGAGACACCAACAAAGCCAUCUUUUGAUUUUUCAAGUGUACCUUCCACCAAUACAAAUCCUACUACAAAGCCCAUAAUAAACUCAUCUGAGAACAAAACCACGACACAACUAUUCAAAUUUACACAGGAAACUACAGUUCCUAAAACAGUAGAUUCUAGCAAAACUAAUGGUGUUGUGCCAACAAAAGCCGCCACAGACCCAUCUGGGAAAGGAGGUAGUAAGAUUUUCCUUGCUCAUUUAAAAGCAUUAAAUGAAGGUGUACUUCUAUGGGUUAAGCAACACCUUGAUAAAAAUCCACAUGUUAAUUUAUCACCUGUCUUUGAUGAUUACAAAAAGCACUUUGAGGAACUAAGUAGGAAAUAUCCAGCAGCUUCUGGAGGGGAAACAGACUCAGAUGUAGGAGGAGCAUCAAGCAAUAUUAAGAAGGAUGAAGCUAGUGAGAAAGAAAACAAGCCAUUGGUGUCACAGGAGGCAUCUACAGAGUGCACGCCAAGCAAGAACUUGGUCUCCUCUGGGCCCACAACUGCUGAGAAAAGUCCAGAGACAAAUAAACUUUUCUCUUUUGGGUACAGCUCCACAACAAAACCAGAGAAGACAACAGAUUCAGAUACAAAAUCUACAUUUACAUUUGGGGGCUUUGGUGGUAGCAAUAAAAGUUCAGAAAGUUCAAUAUUUGGUGGUUCUGAUAAAAAUAGAGGAUUUACAUUUGGUGGUUUAAGCUCCUCACAACCUAGCUCAUCACCGUCCACUGGGUUCACUUUCACAAAGAGUAGCUCAGGAGCUACUGGAAACAAUGAAGAUUGUGCUGAAACAAAUGAACCAAGUGAUGAGCCGCCUAAAUAUGAGGUAUCGGAAGUGAAAGAAGAGGAUGCCCUCUAUGAAAAGAAAUGCAAGUUAUUCUACUUGAAGGAUGGAGGUUAUGUAGAAAAGGGAGUUGGUACAUUAUUCCUUAAGCCUGCUGGAGAAAAGACUCAGUUAGUAAUAAGAGCACUUACAAAUUUAGGCAAUAUCCUGCUCAAUAUUAUUCUUAACGCUUCUAUUCCUGCAGUGAGAGCAGGGAAGAAUGGUGUGAUCUUUGCUUGUGUGCCCAACCCACCUUUGGAUGGUAAGUCCACAUCCUCCGAGCCAGUCAAGAUGUUGAUACGUGUCAAAACAGCAGAAGAUGCUGAUGACUUGUUAGAAAAAAUGAAUGAGCUGAAAAAAUAGGUUUGAGGAAAACAUUUUUCUUAAGAUAUAUAGUUUUGGUUGUAAUAGAAAAACUUAAGAUGCCAUAAAAGGAAACAUUGAUGAUUUUAAAUUAUUUGCUUUGGCUUAAAAUAUCUAGUUUUUUUUUUUUAAGUUCAAUAACAAUAAACCUGGAGAAAUGUACUCAAUGAUAUAAUUAAGCUUAAAUUUAGGUGCCAGAAAUGAAGAUUUGCAGGAGCUCUAUUAUACUAAAUUUACAUCCAAAUGCUAAAUGAUUUAGCUAUUUUCAUCAUUGUAGUGUUGAACAACUUUAUUAUGUACAUCAUUUUAGUAGUGAACAGCUUUAUUACAAAUUUUUUGUGUUGUAAAAGUAGGCUCUGUUUCAGUAUUGAAAUGUGUGGUAAACCUCAUAAAAUCAUUUAUCUUAAAAUUUUAUAAAUAGCCCAGUAUGUUGUGCAGAUAAAUCAGACUACACAAAUGUUAUUUAUUACUCGGUCACAGUUUUAUUUUCAGGUUGUUGAAUACAUCUAUCUUCAUAUGUGUGUGUGUGUGUGUGAACAAGUAUAGGUUUUAAGCCUGGGUUUUAACCCUGCAGCCAUUCCAGGUACGCAUCUUAAACAUCCAAUUUUUUUUAUUUGAUUCAACUGAAAUCAUCAGCAUUUUUUUUCAUUGUCCAAUGUAUUCAUGAGCCCUUCAAGUAAUAUUGGAUUGUUUACAUGUCUUGGAAAAAUAACAUUUUGUGAACACUACAUUAAAGAAUAUUUUAUUUGAAAUAAUUUUUUUAUACUCAACUGUUCAUUUAUGCCACAAAUAUAUUUGUUCUUUUAAAGUUC